UCCUGCCACCGAGCGUCUGGAGAUAGCGCAGCCAUCGGCCGUCUUCUUCCUGGAGGAACUACGCAUUUUGGCGGGCCGAACGACCGCUCAAGAGAGCAGCGUCUUCGGAUACAUCAUGGCCUUCGAUUGGAUGGUGUGGAUGUUUCUGAGCGUAGCCCUGGUGAUCGUGUCUCUGGUCACGGCUCUGUUCAAUUCAAUGCAUGCGUCAAGAAAAGGACGGAGCUACUCUUUCUACGGCUUCUUUAGCGAUGCUGUCUGGCAGUACCUGGAGAACCUCUUUUUCGAAGCUUCGGCGCAGGCUCCCUCGCACGGCGGCGAACGCCUGCUGAGUGCCGCCUGGUGGCUGGCCACCCUGGUGCUGAUGAACGCCUUCUGCGGCCACAUGCGCGCCUGCCUCAUGAUCAAGUCCGAGGUGGAGAAGAUCGAGAGCGUGCGCCACCUGGUGCUGAGGCCGCACACCGUGCCUCACAUGUGGCUCGGCACCUCGUACGUCGCCAUGGUGGCCCAUUCGACCAAUCCCGAGCUCCGUCAGAUUGGGCGAGUGGUGCGAGACCGGGGCACUGCCGUGCCCGCCUCCGUGCUCUACGGCCAGUCCCUGUUGCGGCGGGUGGUGCGGGGUCGCGCGGCCGUCAUCAGCGACGGCACCUCGCUUGUGUUCCGAAUCUCGUCCGUGUGCCAGUCGUACGAGGGCGCCGAGUUCUACCUGGCCCGCGAGGGACUCGUCUCCCACCCGCUCAACAGCUUCGCCCGCAAGGACAUCGACCCGGCACUGUUCAGGGACAUCAACAAGGUAAUCCGACGCCUGGUGGAGGCCGGUCUUGUCAACCACUGGUGGACCCGUGCCACGGGCGACGUGAGCCGCUGCGGCGGAUCGUCCUCCUCCUCGGGCCCCGAGCAAGUGGCGUCCACGCUGGCCUUCGCCGACGUCUUCGGAGUGUUCGUGCUCUGGCUCGCUUGCGCCGGAGUAUCGUGCCUCGUGUUCAUCUCCGAGCUGUGCAAGCCGCGCACCGACGACGCGUUCAAGAAGAAGCUCGCCGCCAUCGCCGCCGCUAGGGCGCGCCGCGGGCGCCAAGCACUCCGGCUACAGCGGUCGUGAACGCAGUGGCCAGAGGACGAUGACCUUAAACGCAGCUGUCGCCGAAAUGCGAUGGCAAUAAUCGCAGUUUCGCGCGAGCAGGUUUUCCUCUAGAUGCGACGGACACUGAAAGGGGUAGGCGCAUGGGGGCCCUCUCAGUCACAAAUUUAGUACUCUGACAUUCGAAGUGAAGGUUCAGACGAAGGAUGAUGGCAAUUGUUGGCAGAAAUUUGCAGAAAUUGUUGCAGGCCUUCUUUAAAUGAAUGCUGAACAGCUUUGUUUGGCUGCCCACCUGAAGCGUGCUACCUGAGGCAGGAGUGAUGAGCGAUGAAAGGAUGCGUGAAGUGCCCUUCACAGAUCGCACAAGCCACACAAAACAACACGCACGAUUAAAAUCACCUUGUUGAGACGAGCGUCUAUAAAACAAAAGGUUC